AUGACCGAUGUUACCAAUGAUGUAAACGGAGCAACCACUGUCGAUGCCGAGGGCUUGAUCACCGUAAGUUAUUAUUUAUUUUGAAUAAUUAAAAUGUUAUCUAUUAUUUAUUUAUCAUUCUAGGGUAACUAUGAACAAGUUGUCGAAACUUUCGAUGAAAUGGGAUUGAAAGAGGAACUCCUCCGAGGAAUCUAUGGUUUUGGUUUCGAAAAACCAUCAGCCAUCCAAAAGAGAGCUAUCGUUCCAUGCACAACAGGAGACGAUGUCAUCGCUCAAGCUCAAUCCGGAACUGGUAAAACUGCCACUUUCUCGGUCUCCAUUCUUCAAAGAAUCGAUCAUAGUGAUGCCCGUGUUCAAGCUCUCGUCAUGGCACCAACCAGAGAAUUGGCUCAACAAGUUAGUAAUCAGUUUUUUUCUAUUUAGCUCAUACUUUUUUUUCUAGAUUCAAAAAGUAAUGAGUGCUUUGGGAGAAUAUUUGAACGUCAAUAUCUUGCCAUGUAUUGGAGGUACCAGUGUUAGAGAUGAUCAAAGAAAAUUGGAAGCUGGAAUCCACGUCGUCGUCGGAACACCAGGACGUGUCAAUGACAUGAUCAACAGAAAUGCUCUUGACACAAGCAACAUCAAGAUGUUCGUUCUUGACGAAGCUGACGAAAUGCUUUCCCGCGGAUUCAAAGAUCAAAUCUACGAGGUUUUCCGUCAAAUGCCAAAUGACGUCCAAGUCGUUCUUUUGUCGGCUACCAUGCCAGCUGAAGUUUUGGAAGUUACCCAAAAAUUCAUGCGUAACCCAAUCAAGAUUUUGGUCAAGAAAGACGAACUUACACUUGAAGGUAUUCGUCAAUUCUACAUUGAUGUCCAAAAGGAUGUAAGUUCUUCUAUUUAUCAUUGAUUCAAAUAUUUUAUUAUCCUGUUUUAGGAAUGGAAAUUCGAAACACUUUGUGACCUUUACAACAUCGUCAAUGUCACUCAAGCAGUUAUCUUCUGUAACACCCGCAGGAAGGUAGACCAAUUGAAUGAACAAAUGACCAAGAGAGACUUCACCGUUUCAUGUCUUCACGGAGAAAUGGACCAGGCUGAACGUGACGCCAUUAUGCGUGAAUUCCGUUCCGGAUCUUCGCGUGUUUUGAUCACAACUGAUAUCCUUGCUCGUGGUAUUGAUGUCCAACAAGUUUCAUUGGUUAUCAACUACGAUCUCCCAACAAACCGUGAAAACUACAUCCAUCGUAUCGGUCGUUCUGGACGUUUCGGUCGUAAAGGAGUUGCCAUUAACUUCGUCACUGAUGCCGAUGCUCGCCAAUUGAAGGAAAUCGAGACAUACUAUAAUACUAGUAUCGAUGUUAUGCCGGCUCAAAUUGCCGAUCUCGUUUAA